AAAGCAGGCUCGACAUCACAUGACUCCAGUCUUGUGACUGGCUUGACAUCAGGCAGGAAAGCAUUUUUUUUUUCCAAGAUAGUUUGCUGCAGUUAUGGGAAACCUUAUGAUUUGGGGUCAAAAAGAGGAAAAUUAGAUAAGAUGACGAAGAUAUAAACCAUAAUUGAAUUCCGGGUGCUUGCCGUCUCGGUUGUUGCCGAAUCAAAAAGCAGGGAUUUGGGAGGGGGGAAAAAAAAGUUUGCCGCAGCACAUCUAAGACAGGCGUUGAUUGAACUUUUACGUUCUUUUGUUUUUCUUUGGUCCUUAUAUAUAGAUUUUUUGUUUGCCAAAAAAAGAAAAGAAAAGAAAAAAAAAACAACGAAGACUGAAUUCAUUCUUGUGCGCCAGUAUUUGAAAAACCGUCAUUCAUGGAUAGCAAGCCACUUUUGCAAGAAAGACCCCCUGCUUAUGCCUCCGUGCAGGGUGGUUACGACUAUGGGCAGCAGCAUAAUUAUGGCGCUAUUCCUCCGCCUGCGCCGGCUCCACCACCGCCUGUCUUCCAUGAACCACCUCCUCCGCCGCCAUAUUACACAGGCGGUCAGGGCUAUGCCCAGCCAGCUGCAGCCCUGCCACCUGUUGCCCAGCAACCAAACUUUUCCAACACAUAUACCAUCAUCCAGCCCUCCGUGGUGGUAGUGGGGGGCUGUCCUGCAUGCCGAGUUGGUGUGCUAGAGGAUGAUUUCACCUGCCUGGGGAUCCUGUGUGCCAUCGCCUUCUUCCCAAUCGGAAUCCUGUUUUGCCUGGCGCUGCGUCAAAGGAGAUGUCCAAACUGUGGCUCUACCUUUGGUUAAUAGGAUCAAACUGUCUCUCCUGACUCGGAGUCAAGCUUUAGCAUACUAUGUUAUUCUUUCCAUUUUUUUUUUUGGUUUUAAUUUUUUUUUUUUUUACUCUGAAUGUAUAUUGAUCAUGAUUUUCAUGUAAAUGCCAUGACAGUUCUUCCUACGAUGUUGUCUCAAAUAGCUGUAAUGGACAUACAAAAUUGAUUUCAUGUUUGUUCACAUGCAUGUAUAACUGAUUUUCUUUUUUUUUUUAUCUUUCAAUAAUCAUGAAUUCCUGUUGAAAUCAACACAUCACAGUGCAAGUUGCUUUUGCAGUCAAAGGUGCCUUUUGAAAAUGUACAAAAAAAAAAAAGAAAAAGCAGCUCUAAGUGCUAAUAAUUUUAUUUUAUGAUUUAUUUUGCCAUUUAGGAAUCAUGCCAUUAUGUUGAAUAUGCAGUGUAAAUGUUUUUGAUGGCACAAUGAUCUUGUGGUAAUUCCCAUCUAAGAUUUUUUUUUUCCCGCAUAUGUUUAAUUUGUAUUAAGUCUUUUGAUUAAUGUUUAAUUUCAAUUCCGUAUUUAUUUCAUGUUAGAAUAUUUUCUUGCUGUUCAGUUAGAAUACACGAGUUGUAUCCCUUGGGCUGGUGGUCAUAUAACUCAAAUUGCAUGAGUUGCAACUGUUAAAAAAAAUUAUAUAUAUAUAUAUAUAUAUAUAUAUAUAUAUAUAUAUAUAUAUAUAUAUAUAUAAUUCAAGAUGGUAAAGAGGAGCAAAUUGCUAAAACUUAUGUACCGACUGAGUUCGGCUGGGGCAAAUGUAGCAUUCACUGUGCAAAGUUUACAAGUUAUUGAUUAACUGUGCAAGCUUUAAUAUAAAAAAGGGACUUCUUGCAUUAACUGUUUUGCAAACAAGAUAUUUUUUUCUGUCUUUAAUGACACCUCUUGCAAAUCUCAGGGCUUGCGCUGUUGGAAUCUUUGAACAGCUAUAUGUGUCCCAAACUGUUUAUGAACAAACCAACUACUGAUUUUACUGCUGAAAGUUGGCCCCCAUUACUAGAAAACCUCUCCUCUCCAUUGGUAAGACAGACAAUCAGUUUGCUGAAGUGGACUAUAAGAACAAAUUGAAUACACACUAUCUAGCAGCUUGCCAUACAUAUGCAUUGCUGAUGACGUCAUGAUGUCUGUUGAUGUUGUAUUUAUAUGUAUUGUCAAAAAUAACAAUCUGCUUUGCCUGUUGCACACUACAUGUUCUAAAUAAAAUAUCCAUUUUUCUAUACACAAGUAACAAAAACGAUGUAAAUAAAAAUCAUAGAAGCAUCAA